GCCUGUGUAUUUGUAUACAUUGUUUACGGCAUGGUUGUCGUGCAAAUGUCACGGAAACGAUGGACGAUGAAGACGAGGAGGUGAUAUUUGAGGGCCAUCCUCUGGACCAAUACCUGAAAGAUAUAGGAUUCAGAGAUUAUGAAAGUGAAACCCCAAACAUUCAGAAGAGAUGUGAGAAGGUAGCUGAGAAAUGUAGCAUUUCUACAAGGAUAUUGCUUAUCUGCAUUAGAACUGAACAGUACAGUGUCAGCAAGAAAUUGAAAGUAGUUCAGUCCCUGUGGCAUAAAAUUGAUGUGAGGAAGUAUAUUACUUCAAACUGGUGGGGAAUAAACAGACUGGAUUUUACCACAAUUCAUGAAGUCAUAGACAUCAUCACACAAAGCAGACUACUCUCUGAGGAAGAUUUUAAUUUAAUUUCCAGUUUGGACAUUGAUAAAGAACAUCAGCGUACACUAAGUUGGCAUGUGCUGCCUUUAGGUGGGCUUGUAGGUGCAGUUACAUGGACACUGAAGAGCCCACUGCUUAUAAUAGGCAUCCCUACACUACUACUGUAUGCUGCAGUGCGCUUGGCAGGCGAACGGUAUCACAGACGCUGCUUGCGGUCCGUGGCGGCUCUUGUUGGAGCAUUGCAGGAACUGCAGACCACUUCCAAGAAGGCACUAAGACGUUUGCAGGAGAAUGAGCUGAUUGCACGAGGUUUCAUGUUCUCUGUAACAGGUAGUUCUGUUGAACGACUAGAAAAUUCAUCUCUACCAAGCCUGACACGACGAUGGCACACACUACCUGGUCUUCGUGAAGGCCUGUUGUCUGCCUUAACUGCAGCUGUGCAGAGCCUUACUGAAGCGACACGAGUUCUUGUAGAGCGAUACCCUUUGAGAGGGCAGCUGGACAGGCAGCAGUUCUACCUAGCAUUUCAAGAGGCCGAUUUUCUCAACACCAUUGGUGCUACCUGUGAAGAAGACGGCAGCAUCUCACAAGAGGUCAAAAUUGAUGUGCUAAAGGUUCUGCAGAAUUGCUAUCUUUUACUGCAGUCAGAGUUCCUUCGCCGCCUCGUUCUUACUUUCCAUCCUGAAUUGAGAGCUGAACCAUCACGUGUCAACCCAAAGAUUCUGUAUGAGCUCUUAGAAGACAUAUCAACACUUACCAAACAACUCAAUACAGAAUAUCGAAUUUUCAGCACAUAUGGUGUGCCCAGAAGAUCACCAAGUAGUGAACCACCUGCCAGUAGUCCACCAAAAAAGCUAAAAUAUGAUGCUUUAUUUGUUUCGGUUCACAGCACCACAUUACAUCUACAAAACAUUCUGUAUCGAACUCAUGUUGUUGAAGAAUAUCUGGAAACUAGGGAAAAUCUUGAUGACUUAAACAGUGAAUUGUCAACACCAGAUUUGCAGACUGCAUUGAAUGAUAUCCUAAAAGAGCUCGAUAUGUGCAGGAGUUGUUGUGAGCGAGGAAUAUCAUUUCUGAACACUUUAAACAAUCCAGAACUGCCAAAAAAUUUGGAAGAAGAGGAGGAUUGGCCUGCUAGAAGCCACAGUGGGAAUGAAAAUAUUAAACAAAUACAUGUUGGAAAAACAGACCUAGAUCCUGAUGUAGAAGAUGAAGUGUUUGAAGCCGUAAGCACUGCAGACUAUUUUGAUGAUGAAAUGGACUUAUAUGACAGUACUGAAUGUAGCAGAACUGAAAAACAACAACAGAAGAAUUGCUCAAAACUGAUGUUAGAUGAACUAAAAAGUAUCCUUGUUGACAAAGCAAAAGAGUGGAAAGAACGAGAGGAAAAGGCUCUCAAAAAUAAAAGAGCUAGAGAGGGCAUAUGUGAAGCAGAAAUUGUUGUUAAAGAGACUGAGUUAGCAGAUACAGUGGCUUUAAAGACUGAAAUUUCUGAUAGUCAGAACAGACCAGUGGAAGAGGCUGAGUUAGCAGAUACAAUGGCUUUAAAAACUGAAACUUCUGUUGACCAGAGCAGGCCAGUUGAAGAAGGGGUCAAGGAUGUGUGUGUGUCUGACCCUGUAUUUGAAGAAUGUCAGCAAGCUAAUGGUGGAGUUUGUUAUGAAGACAAUUCCUCAUUCACAAGUGAAGGGGCCGACAGGGAUCUUAAUCAUAGAAAAAUAGUAGGUUCAGAAAACGGAAAAACUGACAGUAACAUUAAAUACUCAGAAAAUUAUAAUGUGCAUGACAUCGGUGUGUUUAAGGUUGGACUUUCUUCUCCAUUUGGGUUGCAGUCAACACCUUUAUCACAUAGAUUCAUGUUGAAAGAUUCGGAAACCUUUUGUGGGACUGGGGAACACUCCAGCAGUGAAGAUAGUGAUAAUGCCUAGGCUGUUACUUUCACAAAUGAAGGUGAACAUAUGUUACUACACUGCACAACUUGGAUUUUGACAAUAUGAUGGCUCAGGAUUACAGUAAAAAUACAUAUGCUCAGUUUUGAAUGGUUGCCAUGAUAAAUACUUUUAAAUCGUUAUCACAAUGAAAUGGUUUUAUUGUGGUAUUUUUUUUAAUGUCUUAGCUGCUGUUAUUUGUUUGUCAGGUUGCAAAUUUACAACAGCUUAUAAUACAUUUACAACAGUUCACAAUAAUGUUUUGGCAGUCCAAAAUAAAUUUGCAACUGAUCACAAUCAGACAGUUCACAAUAAAGUCCACCAUUUACGUGCACUUUCAUACUCUCAGGGGUGUGUGUUGUGUGUUGGUCUCAGUAAAUCUCUGUGUUCUUUUAUGGUUCCUUCUUAUCAGUGCACCUCUUUGUUCCUUUUUGUUGGCAGCAGGUUUUAUGAAGCAGCUUAACUGUUCACAUCAUGUAUAGUUCGUUCCUGACAUCCUAAUGGAGACUUUAGGUGUGUGUGACAAGUGGAGAAAACAAGUUGGUGGCCAGAUUGAGGUACUUUUGUGACAAGUCCACCAAUUAAAAAAGAAGUAUGUUUACUGUGUGUCACGUGUGGUAGAAUGUGGAGAGGUUCCCUCAUGCUGAAAGUAUGUUGUGGCAAUCAUAUUCUGUAAUAUGUUCUCACAAUUUACUUUUAUUUGUACUAUGUUGGUUGUCAUGCAGCUAUCAGUUAUUAUCAUCCUGUAAAUGAGACUUCAUCAGACAGAAGCACAGCAUGACUGGUAUUUCACCAGUGGGAAAGUUCCUGCUGCUCAGCACUGUCUUCAGUGAGGUGUUGCAUGUGCUGUAGGUGAAAUAUGUACAAGUUUUCUUCAUGUAAUGGUCCCCAUGAAACUGAUAUUAGAACAUUGUGACAUGCAGAAACUUGUCACAUGCCAAUUAUAUGACUACAAUAAAUUAUAAUAAUGAUGUAUUGCAGUUUCUAAAGAUUUUGUUGAAUGACUUAUUCAGGUGAAAUAUGGAAAUCCAGAUUUCAAAUUGUCAGAAACAGCUGUUUAUAUUUUUCUAUAAUAUCUUGAUCACAUCCAGCAGAGAAACCAGAAAUAAACAUUGAGUAAGUGUUAAUGAAAACAUGUAGAAUUUUUAGUGGCUGUCUGUACAGUAUCACAAU